GUAUCCAAAAGUUCUUUCCAGCUAUCUGAGCAGCUCUUCACCAACUGCCUGCACAGCCAUGAGUUACUCUCGCUCUAUGUACUCUUCCUCCUCUGUGGUAGGUGGGAGUCCCUACCGCUCCCUGAGCUCAGCACCCCGUUUUGCACCAGGUAGCAGCGCUGCAAGCGUCCAUGCAGGUGCAGGGGGUUCUGGUGCCCGGAUCUCUGUAUCUAGGGUAUCCUCCGUGGGAUCAGGGUUUGGUGGUGGAUUUAGUGGUGGAUUUAGUGGUGGAUUUAGUGGGGUAUCUAAUGUCAGUCUGAUGGGUGGGGCCCAGAAUGAGAAGGAGACCAUGCAGGACCUGAAUGACCGUCUGGCAUCUUACCUGGAAAGAGUCCGCAGCCUGGAGACAGCCAAUAAGGAACUGGAGGUGCAAAUUCGUCAGCACACUGAAAAGAAGGGGCCUGCCAAGGACUGGAGUCCAUACUACAAGGCUAUUGAGGACUUAAAAAAACAGGUGUUUGAUAGCACAGUAGACAACUCCCAGCUGGUUCUGCAGAUUGACAACGCUCGCCUCGCAGCUGACGACUUCAGAGUGAAGUAUGAAGCUGAAUUGGCUAUCCGUAUGUCUGUGGAAACCGACAUUGGUGGGCUGCGCAAGCUUAUAGAUGAUACCAACAUCAGCAGAUUGAACCUGGAGAAUGAGAUUGAGUCACUGAAGGAGGAGCUGAUCUUCCUGAAGAAGAACCACCAGGAUGAUGUGAAUGAACUCCAGGCUCAGAUUGCACGCUCUGCAGUCACUGUGGAGGUGGAUGCCCCCAAAUCACAAGACCUUGGCAAAAUCAUGGCAGAACUUCGGGCACAGUAUGAUGGACUGGCACAAAAGAACCGUGAAGAUGUUGAAAAGUGGUAUCAGUCAAAGGUGGAGGAGCACACCAUGCAAGUUAACAUAGACACACAAGAACUGCAGACUUCAAAGAAUUCCGUCACUGAACUGCGCCGCACUAUGCAGUCCCUAGAAAUAGAGCUGGAGUCACUGCGCAACCAGAAAGCCAGCUUAGAGGGCACACUCCACGACACAGAGGCACGUUAUGCAAUGGAACUGGAAAUGCUUGGUGGCACUGCCAUGGCACGGGAGUCAGAGUUGGUACAAGUCCGCAGUGACUGCCAGAGGCAACAACAGGAGUACCAGGCUCUUCUUAACACAAAGAUGAAGCUGGAAGCAGAAAUCCAUACCUACAGAAGGCUCCUGGAAGGAGAUAGCUUUGAUCUCCAGGAUGCUGUACCAACAGUAACCACACAGACGGUAAAGAAAGUGAUCACGACCACACAGAGGAUUGUGGAUGGGAAGGUGGUUGCAGAAAGCAAUGAUACUGAAGUCCUCAAGGCUUAACUUUAGGAAACCGACUUUUAUGUCCGUUGCAUUUCAUUUAAUAAACAUUCCAGAAUUG